AUGUCUGCUGCACUCUACAACUCCCUGUUUAUUCUGCUCAUAAUCCUCCCUAAAGGUGAGUUAUAUCAGUUUUAUGCAUGAUAAUACCGCAUUUGACUACCACUUUGAAAGUGGCACAAUAUUGUUAGUGCCACUUUCUUGAUCUAAUUGUGCUUUCACAACUGUUGACAAACCUGUUUAUUUCACAACACUAAAUACAUGUCAUAUUGAAGCUGUAAAUCAAUCUUCUUGUUGCAUGGGUAAAUAGCUACAAACUCUGAAUUGUUAAAUAAUUUGUAUUUAUUAGCAAAAAGUAGUAAGACAAAGGCUGGGCACAGCACGACGCGUUUUGGUUUCACAGAACUAGAACAAGAUACACGAGGCUUCAAGCCACUAGAGGGUACUACUAGACUGAGGCUAAUGUAACCACUCUGAAAUUCAUAGACAGAGAUAUGGAAGCAAGGACCUACCAUCUAUGAUAAUAAAAAUAAAUGUUUUGAGGCUAUACAGUGUUUGAUCAGAUUUGAUCGGUAAAGUUGACUAAUUCAACAUAUACAUAAAAACAAGAGUGUAUGACAUACUUGUAAAUCAUUGAGCUAUGCAUUAAGGUGUCUGUAAACAAAUCUAGACAUUAAUAAAUGCAUUUCUAUAUCUUCCAAAACGUUUUAAACAGUGGUCGAGGAGUACAAAAAUGGCGGCGCAGUGGCUUCAAAACAUCACCUAGUCUCAUGUUUUUAUUUCUAAAUAGAAGUAGUCCAAUCCAUCACCCUCCCUCUUCGGAGGAAACACAUCUAGUGUUUAUAUACAUAACUGUCUGUCAGUCUGUCAGUGUGUGCAUGCGAAUUGUGUGUUAACUGUUGACAAAGCAGUUCAUUUCACUACAGUAAAUGCAUGAUUUCAUAUUGAAUCUGCAGCUCAAUACUCUUACUGUAUGCAAUGAUUGAUGUCGCUCUAAUGGGUACUUUAAUGUUGAUGUGUGCUGUGCCCUUAUGCACAUAUCAUGUAUAUUCUAUCCUGAAAUUGAUCGUUUUACAACAGGUGCCAUCACUUCCUCCCUCCUAGACUGGACUUCCCUUACCUCCAUACUCCCCCUUCUGACCAUUCCGAGUACUAUUAGUGUCUAAGAACUAUUGUGUCUGUCUUAAUGCAGGGUUCUCUCAGUUGGUGAGAACACAGCAGUUUGUCACAGCAACCCUGGGAGAAGAUGCAGUCUUAAACUGUGAGCUCAUGAAAACCAAAGACGUGCGGCAAGUCACCUGGCAAAAAGUGACAACUGGGCCGAAUGAAAAUGUGGCCACCUACAGUAAACGCGGUCCCAAUGUCAACCUACAUUUUAAGGGGAAAGUGGAGUUUGAAGACGAGGGACUGCAGAACUGCUCUAUCAUCAUCAGAGGAGUGUCAAGAGGAGACGAGUCCUGCUACAAGUGUCUGUUUAACACCUUUCCAGAUGGACCUAUCAGCGGAACGACCUGCCUCCAAGUCAAUGGUAAAAACUGAUAACAUAAUGUACUGUAAAUGAUUGACCCAGAACAACUUCUUCAGAACUUCAGGCAGCCAUUUCAUCAGAUCAUACAUCCAAAGUCUUGCAAACAUUUAUCAAAAUGGAAUCAUUUAGUAAAUCAUGUAAAUGGAAUCAUUUAGUAAAUCAUGUACAUGAAAACAUUAUAGUAUUUACAUUCACUGUGAACUGUGUCUGUUGUUGUUCUAUAGAGCUGUAUGGACCCUCACUCCUCAUCACACAAACCAACAACAGUCACACCACUCUGUCCUGUUCUGCUACUGGACGACCUGCUCCUAUAGUGACCUGGGAUGACAUGAUGAUAGAACAUUCCACCACGGUUGAUGUCACCCAUCCCAAUGGAACUAUCACUGUGACAACUACUGCAACAGUGGCAGUGGCCAGUCUAACUGACAAAGAGGUUAGGUGUGUUGUGUCACUGUCCUUCAGUGAUGUCACCAAUAAUGCUUCCAUGGUGAUUCCAGCUAGUGAUCAAGCUUCAAUUACUGGUGAGAAAUGUAUAUAGAUCAAUGUGUAAUAUAUUGACAUGAUCAGGAACAUGAUGUCAUGAUGAAGUAUCUUAGUCUAUGCCGCUCUGACAUUGCUUGUCCAUAUAUUUAUUUAUAUAUUCUUAAUUCCAUUCCUUACUUAGAUUUGUGUGUAUUGGGUAAAUGUUGUGAAAUUGUUAGAUAUUACUUGAUAGAUAUUACUGCACUGUCGGAGCUAGAAACACAAGCAUUUCGCUACACCCGCAAUAACAUCUGCUUAACACGUGUAUGUGACAAUACAUUUGAUUUGAUUUGAUUUGAAGUACUGCCUGUGUUCAUGAUGAAGUACUGCCAGUGUUCAUGAUGAAGUACUGCCAGUGUUCAUGAUGAAGUACUGCCAGUGUUCAUGAUGAAGUACUUCCUGUGUUCAUGAUGAAGUACUGUCUGUGUAUUUCUAUACUAGGUCAAUCUCAGGUCUCUGAUGAUGACUGGAUCAGUGGUAAGUGGCUGUUAUUCUAA